UUAGAGUGGGCGAGGCUUUUAAUCAAAAUGGCUGCCUAUGUUCACAGUAAGAUGUCUGGUGGCUUGGCUGGUGGAAAGGGCUACCAAGACCUUCUGGACCAGAUAUUGUCAAAAUAUAAAAAAACAGAACUUAAGGAAGCACUAGAAGCCUUCCUGACAUCAUCUCUUGAUAAAAGAUUGAGUCUUGUUGAUGCCAAAUCCGUCCUGUCUUUCUUUGCUGAGAGAAUCCCGAGAAUAGGCAAAGACAUUGUAAAGGACGUCUGUCACUUUGCACUAGCAAGCAUUCAACCUAGGAUAGUUUCCUUUGAAGAACAAGUCACCAACAUUAGACUAGCACUGAGUAAAAUAUAUGAAGAAGACGGUCAAUGGAGUAACAGUGCUGAAGUAUUGUGUGGGAUCCCACUUGAGAGCGGACAGAAAAUAUACACUGCUGAUUUCAAGAUGGAGGUAUAUUUAAAGAUUACCCAGCUGUACCUUGAAGAUGAAAACCACGUCUCGGCUGAGGCCUACCUGAACAGAGCUGGACUGUUACAAGCAGAGGUCAGCAAAGGACAACUUCACAUCAUCUAUAAGGUUUGCAGUGCCAAGAUGGCCGACUUUAGACGCAAGUUUUCAGAUGCUGCAAGAAGAUACAUUCAACUCUCAUAUGAAUCAGCUAUACAUCCAGAUGAAAGAAUGACCUCACUUAAACGAGCAAUGAUAUGUACUAUACUGUCUAGUGCUGGUCAGCAAAGGUCAAAGCAGCUGGCAGCUUUAUUUAAAGAUGAAAGGUGU